AUGAAGGAAGCCGACGAACAAGAAUACAAAUUGACUGAGAAAACAAUACAGAAAUUGAUCAAGGAAUGGCAGACAAAUGGUUUAAAACUGAAUCAUACGUCCAUUGUCGAUUUUGUCUUUGUCUACGAUUACGCCGUACAAAAAACGUAAAAAGAAGGAGAUAAACAAAUAUUCCGACUACGGAACACCCAGAGAGUGACAAUCAUUACAUUGCUGACAUCUGAAUGCAAAAACACGUUAACACAAAUGUCAACCGGUGAAGGCAAGUCGUUCAUCGUCGCUGGUGUCGCAAUCGCAUUGGGUCUUUGCCGAAACGAAGAAAACAAAAAUGAAAAAAUUGACGUCAUUACAAGUAAUUACGUACUGGCUCGCCGUGAUUCCACGUUAACGGUGGCUGAUUGCGGUCUGCGGGAGCUUUAUGAAUAUUUCGAUAUAAGCGUAGCAAACAACUGUAGCCAAUGGAUGGAUGAACGAACUCAAGCCUAUAAUGCGACCGUCGUUUAUGGACAACUGGCCAAUUUUCAACGAGAUUAUUUGCUAGAUACUUUCUACGGUCAUAACAUUCGCGGUGACCGCACCGUGGACCUUGCGAUUAUUGAUGAAGUCGAUUGCAUGUUACUCGAUCGUGGUAGCAAUACGCUGUACUUAUCGCACGACAUCCCUGGCAUGGAGAUGCUCGAAUCUCUUUACGUUUUCAUUUGGGAAAAGAUACGAAGCUCUUCCAGUGGAUCUGAUAAACUAGGAAUUAUAAAUUCCAUUAAAUUAGCCGUUCUUCACGAUCUUUACGGUGCUAUUACUAAAGAAGAUCUGAAAUCAAUUCACGGCCCACUGAAGGACUAACCAUCGGAAAAAAAUUCGCUAUGGAACUAUUUGAUUGAAAUAAAAAUCAUCGAUCUACAAGGACGUCUGUUGAUGGAAAACAAGAUUGACAGCAUCAGUUUGAACCGACAAAAAGAUCCUAAGAUAAAAUCUUAUCUUCGGAGCGUAGCGAAACGUGAGCGAAGUAUUCGAAUACCUAAACAUUUGAUGCCCUUCGUCGAUCUUCAUCUCGACACCUGGUUGAACAAUGCCAUGCAGGCUCUGGAACUCAAACGAGACGAAGACUACGUAGCAGAUCAAGACAGAACAGAUACCAACCCAAAUUUCAACCCUCAAGUGAUAAUCAUCGACCAGGACACGGGGAUGGAUCAGAUCUCAUCGCAGUGGGACGGAGCACUGCAUCAGUUUGUUCAGCUCAAGGAAGGCUGCAAGUUGACGUCCCAAUGUCUAAAGGCUAUUUUUAUUUCCAACGCAAGAUACGUCCAGUCUUAUAAAAAGGCUGCAGGUGUCUCGGAAACUUUAGGAUCCGAACCGGAGCGAGACUUCAUGCUAAGAAACUACAUGAACAUUCAAGUUAAGAUUCCAACAGCUUUCCAGAAACGUUUUUACCUUAAACCGACGCGAGUCUUUCCAACAGAGAAACAAUGGCUCCAUGCCAUCGUCAAAGAAGCACAACAAAUUAUUUUUCCUGAUGGUCAUGCUCGUUCUCUCGUCACCUUCAGUCAGUCAAUUAAAAACGUUAAUAUCGUUCAUCGUUACUUGAAAAAUGCUUUAAAAACCAAUGGUAAUAACAUCCACUGCUAUACACGCGAUUAUGAAAAGUUUGCUUUCGAAGGUGUGCAGCUUGGAGUCGGUCACGUGAUCAUCGCCACUAACUUGGCGGGUAGAGGCGCUGAUAUCAAAAUAAGCAAUCAAUUGAGAGAAAACGGAGGUCUACACAUCUGUCUGACUUUUUUGCCAAAAAACGAACGGACCUACAAUUGA